AUCACAAACAACUCCAAAAACACAAUACACCCACAAAAUACACAAAAACCAAACAAAAAAACUUAAAAAUUAAAUAAACCAUAAAAAAUAAUAAACUAAAAAAAUACAAAAAUACUCACAAUGGCCGAAAACACCGAAACCGUGGAAGAAGUCUUGCAAGUCGUCGAGACCACAAAUGGUGCAACAGACCAGUUGGAAGUUAACAAUGCUCCAGAGUCAACGGUGGUAGCUGAGGAGAUCCCUAAGCCGGAGGAGGACGUCCAACCGACAGAUGGGGAACCCGUUUUACAGGAGGAGCCUGACCCAACCGCAGUUUUGGAGGCUACGGAGGAGGGCAAUGAAGCUGGAAUCGCCGAAGACUUAGGUAGCGAAACAUCUGGACAAGAUGUGGAACCAACGGCUACAGAAGCUACAGAUGAUCUUUCGCCAGAAGAAAGAAAGCUGAAACUGAAAAAGGAGCGAAGAGAGCGUUUAAAGGACUUGGCCAGCACCCGCUUUACGCUGUCGGAAGAACCGAUCAGAACAAUAAGUUUCACAGGGGAAAACAUAGAAGAAAUGGGGGAAAUAGUGGAAGAAGAGGAAGAGAAACAAGAAGUCAUGGUUAACUUUGAUGAGCCCAUCGAUGACGAAUUGGACACGGCGUCGAUAGUGACAACCGAUGACUCUGAAGAGGACCUAUUCAAGAAAAUCCAGGCCCACAGAACGGUGGACCUAUUUCCGGUUGGCUUUUCAAAUGCACCCGUUGAUAAAACUAUAUUCUACAAGGAUCCGAAGUAUGACGAUUCGGAGGAUGCGAUGAGCAUCGCUGCCAUUAGCAUGAUAUCUAUGAGAACGUUGAAGCCGGCAGACCCUGAUUCCGUCCAGUUGAAGAACAACUUUCUGAGGGAUUUCGAUGUGCCCAGUCUGUCGGACAUAUCGGAGGAGCACGAACUGAGUGUGCAGUUAUCGGGAGAGAAGUCCGCGAUUAGCGUCCACCCUGAUCAGGGCUUAUUCGUCGAUCCCACAGCAAACCUGAGCUCCCGCUCCAGCUCGGCAUCCGAAUCGUUAGUGGAUUUGGACCACGAGCAGCACGAUGAUGAGGAGGCUCCUGACAGUCAGGACGACUCCUCCGAUAUCUCCGACAUACCUGAAUUCGCCGAACUUCCUGACACGCCUACCCCUAAACAGAAGGGCGUUACUUUGGAUGAUUUCAGCGCCUUAAACAAGGUGGAGUUCGCAGAACGCUUCGAUGAAGAGGACGUAGGCAUUUUGCAUGCACGUACGGUCAAGAAUGUGGUCCGUGAAUUAAUUCUCGAUCUUAUCGAGGAGACGGCCAAUAAAUCGGAUUACCACAACCAGGAGACCGUGCUUCGGGCGAAAUAUGACAAGAAAAAGCUCUUGGAAGGUCUCCAAAAUAUACUCGAUACAUAUAUGAUCGAGAAAUACACCAAUGAAAUGAUGACCAACCGGCUUACCGAAUAUUACAAGCGCACACGGAACGCCCGGGUCUUCGUCUCCCUCUCGGAGGAAAAUGAGAAACGGUACCAAGCCCGCUAUUUCCACGCACUGGCCCUGCUCGACAGUCUAAAGGAACGGGUGAACGUGGCCAAGCAGAAGCACGGCGUCCAGAUGAACAGAGUGAUCCUGGAUCUCCACUCCGCCCAGAGCGUCGCCUCGAUCACGGAGGAACGCCUGGAGCACUUGUUCCACAAAUACCUCGUUCGCCCGGACUCUGACCACCUGCGCCGCCUCGUCGAUCGCGAGCUGAGGCACAUGUCCGUCAAGAGGAACGAGAUUAGUGACAGCAGGCUGUUCCUGAUCACCAGAAAACACACAUUGGCCCACAUAAUGGAUAAAAUUACAGCUCUGGACACAUUAAGUGACACCGUCAACAUCAAGGACUAUAUAUCCGUACAAAAUGAAGUGUUUGCCCUCCAGAAGAAAAUCGAAGAACGCAAUCUCGACCUGAAGAAGGUGCGAACCCAAUUCCUCAUGGACGUUCACCUCACCCGACACAACCGGGAGAAGGCGCUGGCACUGGGGGAAAAGUUUGAGGUUCGGAAGAGCUUGCUGAAGAAUGCCAUCGAUAAGCAGCGCCUCCUGCGCAAACGUCUCUACCUCGUGAAACUGGAGCGCAUCAAGAUGCGCCAGCAGACCAGGGAGCUGACCUACCAGGGCGGCAUCCUGGCGAUGCCAUCGCUAAUGUACGACUACGACCAAACUGUGGAGCGACUGAAGGAGAAGCAGGAGACUGUGGCCAAGCUCAGGGAGACCAUGAAGGCACUCCAACGUCGCGUCGACCAAGUGGAAGGCAGAAGUCUGUAGAAAGUACUCACAUCCGACGACUCCAAUAAACACUACGAUUUAUCCAAUAA